GGCGUGUUUUUGCCUCCCACGAUCACAUCAUAUGACUCCGUGCAGGAACAGGAAACAAACUUCCCGUUUGGAACGCGACUGAAAGAAGCGGUCGCCCAGGAUUUCGUCUCCUCUCCGGUAAUUUGUCCAUCAUUCAAACUCGGCAGGACGAUGAGUACAGCUUGACGCACAUCAGCAUGGGCAUCAAGAAUCAGAGUCCUGCAGAGGACGAUGGCGAGCGGCGUCUCAUCAACCCGCCCGUCAUGUCCCGGAACCCCCCCACGAAGCCUUUCGUCUACGUGCUGGCCUUCUUCUCGGCCUUGGGUGGCUUCCUCUUCGGCUAUGAUACCGGCGUGGUUUCCGGAGCCAUGCUGCUCCUCAAGCGGGAGAUGAACCUCAACACCCUGUGGCAGGAGCUGGUGGUCUCCAGUACUGUGGGGGCAGCGGCCAUCUCCAGUUUGAGUGGUGGCUUCCUCAAUGGGUUGCUGGGACGCAGGAAGUGCACACUGCUGGCCAGCUUCAUCUUCACCUUCGGCGGGUUAAUCCUGACGUUCGCACCCAACAAGGAGGUGCUCCUGGUUGGCAGGAUCAUCAUCGGCCUCGGGAUUGGCGUGGCCUCCAUGACGCUCCCCGUGUACAUCGCCGAGGUGUCGCCCCCCCACAUGCGAGGCCAGCUGGUCACCGUCAUCACCGUUCUCAUCACCGCCGGACAGUUCAUCGCCAGCGUGGUGGACGGCGCCUUCAGUUAUAUGAAACACGAUGGCUGGAGGUACAUGUUGGGUCUGUCGGUGCUGCCCUCCAUCUUGCAGUUUGUGGGCUUCCUCUUCCUGCCCGAGAGCCCCCGCUGGCUGCUGCAGAAGGGCCGAAAAGAGGAGGCCCGUCGCGUCCUGAGUCGCAUCCGAGGCUGCCAGGACGUGGAUGAGGAGUUCGACUACAUCAGGACCAGCAUCGAGGAGGAGGAGAAGGAGCUGCGUGGAGGUGGGAUCAUUGUUCUGCGCAUGCUCGGCCACGGGCCCACCCGCAGGGCUCUGAUGGUUGGGUGUGGCCUUCAGAUGUUCCAGCAGCUGACAGGCAUCAACACCGUCAUGUACUACAGCGCCACCAUUCUGCAGAUGUCAGGUGUGCGCGAAGAGAGGCGGGCCAUCUGGUUGUCGGCCGUCACCUCCGGGACCAACUUUGUGUGCACGUCCCUCAGCAUCUGGCUGGUGGACAGAGUCGGGCGCAGGAAGCUGACGCUGGCCAGUCUCACGGGUACCGCUCUGAGUCUCAGCGUUUUAGCGCUGGGCUUCUUGCUGUCAGCUCAGUACUCUCCCGCAGUAACACUGCGACCGCUCGACUCCCAUAACUCCUCCUGCGUACAAUACGGCCACUGUGGAGACUGCAUGCUGAAUCCCGCUUGUGGCUUUUGCUACCGCGAGAACAGCAGCAGCGGCGUUUUUGACUCCGCCUGCCUGCCCGUCGAUCCCAAGACCACCGAGCACUCGGCAUGGGGACGGUGUGCCAACAAAACGGACUCACCAGAGGGUCCAUUCUGGGCGUACAACUUCUGCCCCACGUCUUACUCUUGGAUCGUGCUGAUGGGUCUCCUCCUCUACCUGACUUCCUUUGCUCCAGGGAUGGGCCCCAUGCCUUGGACUAUCAACUCUGAGAUCUACCCACUGUGGGCUCGCAGCACUGGAAAUGCCUGUUCAGCCGGCGUCAACUGGAUCUUCAACGUCGUCCUCUCUCUCACAUUUCUUCACAUCGCCGAGCUCAUCACCUAUCAAGGCAUCUUCUUUGUGUACAUGGGCUUCACCGUCCUGGGCCUGGUCUUCACUUUUGGGUGCCUCCCCGAGACGCAGGGCCUGCAGCUGGAGGACAUCGAGAACCUGUUCACGGGUCCGUUGUGCUCCUGCGGCACCUCCCCGAACCUCAGCAAUCAGAACAUCCAGUACAUCCGGGUAAAAGGCAACAAUUAUUUUCCGUCGGACAACGACACCUCUGACAUAGACUAGAUUGUGGCGGCGGGAUUCUGGCUUUUUCUUGUUUGGCUUAUUUUUUGUACGAAGACUGCUGCAGCUUGGAGGAAAAUCAUCUGCUGCCCUCUACUGGCGAAGAGCAUAAAUUGAGCAAAAUUUGCACCUGUAGAUUCUUUUUUUUUUUUUUUGUGGGACCUUCCUACUCAGGCAACUCUGAUCAAUCUGUGGCUUCAUCUCACAUGGGUACGACUUUCCUCUUAACAUUCUUAACAUUCAAAUCACCUCCAAGGAAAAUUCAAAGGCAAAGCAGACACAAAAUCAUUUUUAAUGUUUUAGACAUCUGUAAAAGAUGAAAAUACCAAACAUCUAUAAAGAUUUUUAUUUAAAAUGCUGAAUUUAAAAGGGGAUAAUUUUAGUGCAAUUUGAAGGUCCAAAAAACGUUUUGAUUGAUGGCUGUGACUUAUGGUUCUCAGCUUUUAGAUAGAAAAGGACAAAACGAUUACUUUCUUACUCUACCUUAUAACCAGCACACUCCCUGAAGACGGCAAGAGUACUGCACUGUAUGUUUUGGACCAUUGCCUUAUUUUAUUUUAGCCACAGGGUUGAAACUAGUGUUAGAGUUUCGGUUUUACAUCGCCAAACAUGACAGCCAUAGAACACUAUAUUAGUAAGACUUUAUUACUGAAACACUCCAUUUUCUCUUCUUGAAAUGCAUUCCUGGGUCGUGCUCAUGUUUUGGUGCUUGGUGGUGCACUUUACAAUGUAAUUGUAUUUUAUUUAAUUAAUUGACUCACUAAAAGUAGUUGAAAUGUUUUUAGAAAGGUCCGGAAUUCAGCCUUGGGGACUUCGGGAAAGUGGGCGCAGAAAGUGGCGUAGCCUAUAUAACUGUAAGUAAUUAAAAAAAAAAAAAAAAGCACAAUAUUGUAUAUAAAGCAUUUAAGCACCUUGGCAAAGGUAGAACCACAUUCAAUUCCUUCGCUCUGUCGCUUUUCUGAAAUGUAUUUUCUUUUAUUUCCACAGCUGAAAUGACCUGCUUUGUGUUCUGAGUACCUUUUUACCCCACAGCCUUCAUUUUGCAUGAGCAGGAGGAAAAGUGCCUUUAGGGUGUCCGGUCGGACUCAGAUGUUAUUUCAGGGGUUGGCAAACUGUUGUGCUUGAGAGCCACAUUUCAUUUUUAAAUGAGAUAGAAGCGUGGCAUGUAUGUAAAUAAUUAAAUAUUUUUUUUCAUUUUCACGUUUUUAUUCAUAAUAAAAAAAUAUAUAUAUAUAUAAUAAAGUACAAAAUAUGAAUCAACCAGGGCCAUUUUGUUUUUGACAGGACUUUUGGAAAUUAUUAGGAAACGGCUAUGUGGCCAACUUGAUUGAGUUUGCCCACUCCUGUGAUAAAGAUGGUCCUCUUUAUUUCAAACGGGACCUCAGUGCUGUGCAAAUUUCUUUUUAUCUUCUCGCUUAACACAUUCCUAACACAUUCGCUAUUAUCACUUCCAAUUACAAUGCAUGUAUUGCAUUUAUAUCCAUCAAUGGCGGUGGAUAUAGUGUCAUGAAAAAGACUGAUCAAUUCUGUCUGUAUACAAUUUGCGGUGCACAUUAAAUGGCUGAUAUUGAUAGUCUAGUCUAGUGGCUCAGUGAGGGUUAAAGGAAAAAUGAACAGGGCUGGUCUAAGACUCAUCUAGGUAUGGUAUGGUGUGAUAGGAUUUAUUUUUAAUGGAAUAUUUAUAUACAUUGUCACUGUCCAACUAAAUCCACCAGGUUGUUAAAUAUAGGAGCACUUUUUUUGGUCAGUGCCAGAAUGAUUUCAUGAUGUCAAAUAUAGUCACACAAUGUAAUAUGUUGUUGAAUUAUUCAUGUUUAAAUUUGUUUUUGGAGACAUCUAAGUUGCUUGAAAACCAAAAGUCAGUUUUUUUUUUAAUAUGUCGCACUUGUUAAGUUCUUCCUAAAGGGAAAUAAAAUAAAUUAAGAUCA